ACUAUGCGCGAUUUGACGAGAACGUCGUGCCCCUAUUUAAAGCAACCAAAACAGUCCCCUGCAUCGCCGGUACAGAUUACCAUUUCUGACAAUAAGUACAAACUUGAACCGCCUACGGAAUAUAAGAGUCAAUUUUUGGCUCGGUUAGAGGACGAAGAGGAAAAACUAUUGCAAGAGAAAUUGCGACGACAGGAAGAGGAACAGCAGAGAUUAAUCAAAGAAUUAGAGCAGCCUCCGUUGGAUAAAUAUUGGGGACACAGAGUACAUGCUUGGGUAGCGAUUUUACCAGAGUUGGGAGGACUGAGAGAUCAAGAGAUUUCUCGGCCACUUUUUAUCGAACCUUCGACUGGUGUAUCCUAUAAACCAACGGCUGGUAACGCCGACGAGCUGUACUUGGGCGUAGAGAGUAUAUGGAACGAUCAGAAUUAUUGGGUGAACAUGCAGCCGUUCUCAAAAUCGUGCGCAAACAUAGUGUGGGAUUUAGGAAAAGUCGAACUAUGGGAGCAUGUGUUACCAGGAGAACCGUGGACAAUGCGUGGGGUAGGAGAAGCGAUCGAUGAGGAUUCUGCUAUACUACAAGAGAAGCAUUUAGACAUGCCUUUCUCCUAUGUGGACAAAAUAAACAUUAACGACCAAGAAUACGAAAAACGAUAUCCAAAUGGUAGGAAAACGAUAUUUUAUAAAAAAUCAAAAGUUGAACUUUAUGCACCAUACAUUCAAACGGACGGUCUGGUGCAAAGGAUCACUCUGUUUGACGAUUAUCAUUACGUGUCUUCUGUCGAGAUUCAAGAGACUUAUGCUAAUAGAUCGGACAAUCUUGUAGAAUCUAAAAGGAAUUUAAUCGAUGAAUCCGUUGUGGAUUGUUAUGAGAGGGGUCGGCCUGAUCAAUGCAAAGAGCAUCAGUAUUUGGAAAAUGGUCCUAACACGGUGGACGCCAAAAGGAGCCUGAUUUUUUAUCACGUUGCUCGUUUUGAUGGUCUGUCGCUACUCGAAAUGGAUCCGACUUACUUUACACAACAUUUUAUCGAUCGCGAUGAUCUUUUGUACUAUCGGCACGUGCAGUUUUCUCGAGAGAAGAGCGUCCCCAUCCCGAACGAUAUACAUUAUCGAUACAUUUGGAAAAUCAUCGAAGAGUUUGAUAGAAACGAAAGAAUCAAAGCCAGUAAAGACAUAGCGAUUCGUGAAUUCGCGAUAGGAGAUAACGAAAUACGUCUCGCGUAUCAUUAUAAUACAGGACAGUAUUCCAGAGCUACUAGAAUGUACGUGAAACCACCUUUGGCAGAAAGGGGAGAUCGAUUGAUUCUAAAUCCUGCUAUGACGCAAGGAUACAACCCCUCGGAUGAACCCGACAAAGCUCUCGAUUUAUUUUACGAACUAGAGACGCAACUCAAGGAGGAAGAUCAAUCUGUAACUCACGUUAGAAGUACCGAGGUUGAAGUAUUCAAUUUUUUGAAGACAAGGGACGACGAAUAUAUGAAACCAAAGUUGUUGGUAUCAGUUUUCAAGAAACACAGAGACGAGGAGUCGACGACAGAUGUACUCAUGAGUACCUGGGCACAUGCACAGAGCGAAAGAGACAUCACGGAAGACGCGGACUAUUUGAAACCAUAUUUGGCGCGUAUAGGAAAUCCAGCAGAGAUAUCUAAAGAUCAGGCUCAAUUAAUACAACACGAGUGUCUCAAUGAUUACAAACAACUGCUUGUGCAAAGAGCAAACAAAAUUUUACGGAAAUUCGACGCAUAUUCGCAAGAGUUGGAGAAAAUGCAGACGUUACUAACGCAGAGCGAAGAUUUAACCCACGAAGAAGAAGAGAAAAUAUUAGAGAAAAUGAACGAAAUCAAUUUCAUGUUAAUAACAUUAGAGACCAGAUUAAAUCGUCAUAGAGAUUUAGUUCCAAAACGAUACAGACAGUUAGUGAAUCACUUGCAACAAAGUCCAUAUCUGGCGUCACUCCAAAAAACUACAUGAAAGCAACAGAGUACUAAAUCAAAACACUGCUCUGCUGCCAUCUAAACCCAGAGAACCAGUUAUUGAUUAUUUCAGCUCAGUGGUACAACACAUCUUCCCUUUGCAAGCAUUUUUACUAUUUUUUAAUUGGAAAAUAUUUGUUCAAUAAUAUCAAAACG